AUGGCAGAAGUUAUCGGUCUUGUUUCCAGUUUCUUGACAUUGGCUGCAUUCCCCUCCAAAUCUGCCCGGAAACUUCACAAUACGGUAAAAAGCUUUCGGUCCCGUCCUGAGCAGGUGCGCGAGCUCUCAAAAGAGCUCGAGGGUUUGUGCAGUGCCCUGCAAGAACUAACCGAAACAAAGAGUUCAUCUGUCAAGGACGUAGAUUAUCUGGCACUCCAAAUGCCUCUUGAACGGUGUGGCACGACCUGCGAAGAAUUUGAACAGAGUAUUUUGAAAUGGCAUUCCAGACUUGGUUAUAGCCGGAAAAGCCUGCGUGACUGGGCUAGGCUCAAGUGCAUGGGCAAGGGGAUCGACAGUUUUAGGCAACAGUUCCUUGAGUAUAGGUGUACUUUCAGUAUUGUUGUAACAAACAUCAAUCUUGUUGACGGAAGACUUGAUUCUCUUUUGGGGAGCACUAUACCAAAAGGUGAUUCGGAAGUGAUAGAAUCGAAUUAUGCACAGGGAGAAUGGCGAAGCACGCAGCGUUGUCUUCGAAUUUGUGCUCAGCUAUCGCAACACAUCAGGCAGCUUGAGCUUGCACGCAUUCCUGGCAGCCAGUCUGCCCCUUAUCUCAGAGACGCUAAAUCUGAAGCCGAGAAAGUGUUCCACAAGAGUCUACAGAAAUCUAUGGAUAGUUUGGAAUCUGCAGCUACGGCACUACGAGAACAUAUGCGGGACCUACUUGAUCGAUUAGCGACAAAUUCGAAAAUGCCAGUCUCGUCUGAUGAAAUUGAGGAUCUGACAGACCUGUGGAAAGAGUGGGAGACAGUUCGACAGUGCUUGGAUAUCUGUUCAAAGGCGAAUGACAACCUGGAGGAAAAGAUCUUUAUCGUCAAGAACCACGCAACUGGCAAUGAUGAGUUUCAGCUCCUGGCUUCUAUUGACGGGGAGACAACAUGCGGUAAAGAGAAGAGAGAUCGGGGACUACAUGAUGUCGAAGCAUUGACAAAUCGAUGCUGCAAACGAACGUCAACACCCAACAACCAAGCUGAAACUGAGCAGCAAGAGCAGCAAGACUAUGGUCAAGAUAUGCUGAAGUCUGAUUCGAUUAUGAACAGGAGACAGGACAGUAUGACGCCUUCAGAGAACGAAACUGAUUUCGAAGGCGAAUGCUGCGACAACGAAAACAACUCAGAGGAUGUAUCCGAAGAUGUCUAUUUUCAGAAAGACCAAACCCCAGACGGUGAUGGUUCGGAUAACAAUGGCGGCCAAGACCCGAGUCCGCCUCGAAAUCCUUCUAGAAAAACGAGCAAGAGGACCCAAUUCCGAUUCGCCUGCCCUUACCAGGCCUUUGAGGCAUCACAGACAUGUUUCAGCCCGACGUCUCGUAACCCAAACGGGGGUUGUGCUGGAAUACAAGGUCUUAAAUGCUGGAGAUCGUUCGAAACAAAGCGCGAAGCCAACAGGCAUCGUGAGCAACUGGAGUCUUGUGAGGCUAAGGACCAGCCCUCCACUGACAGGCUUAUGAGCUCUGAAGACGAAGUGAGGCUCGACAAUCUCGAAUGCUCAGAGUCCGAGGAGGAAAACUGGUGGAAGAUUUUCCAACUCCUUCUCCCAGCUACCCAAUAUCAAAGUCUUGAGGUACUGAAAGGUCAAUACUUUCCAUGGCAGCAAGGCAGUAAUGCAUUUUACACAUAUAAGGUGUUAUAA